UUAGAGGAAGAGCUUAAGGCAUGUAAAAGAGACUUGGAAGAAAAGGAAAAACUAAUUUUGGAUCUCACAAGUAUGGACGUAAAAUCUUUCAAGAGAUCCCAAAGAAAAGAGGCAUGUAUCAUUUCAAAACCCACGUCAGAAGACGCUGCUCGUUUAAAGAGAGAUGAACUGGCAAGUCUCCAGGCGAAAGUUGGCAACCUCUGUUCAAAGACUCUUGAUCAGGAAAAUGAAAUUAAAGUGCUUGGCCUUCAGCUACACAAUGCUAACAAAGAGAAGGCACAUGUUGCCAAAGAACUGGAAGCUGUGAGGAAGCAAGAAGAAACAAAAUCAAAACUUCUUCAGGAAAAGCAAUCAUUUUUCCUGGCAGCCGAAAAUGAAGCCCGAAAUUUAAAGACAAGAAUUAAUCAACUAACCGAAGAUUUACAAGCCGCACAAAAACAGAUCGAAAACCUAAAUAAACGAAUUGAGCGACUAGCCAUAGAAAAGGAGAAAGAAUCGUCCGCGUUAAAAACCUGCGAGGAAAGCGUUCAGAACUUUGCGGAAUGGAUGUAUACUUUGGUGUACGCAAAGCGUAAGGUAGCCUUUACCGAUUAUGCGAAGUAUUCAUGUGAGGACAUCGAGGAUUUGAAGAGCAAGCUGUCAAUCAUUGUUGGCCAAUCACGGGAGAACGCAAUGCAAAUGGACGAGUUAAAGGAUCUUUUGACGGUUAGGGACAAGCAGGUCGUCGAGUUACGGAAGACAACAAACCGCCUCACUGAAGAAAUUCAUCAAUUGAAAGAGGUUGAUCAGGAGACAGAAAAUGCCGUAGUGCCGAGCAUUGUUGUCACUGCUCCCGGUGACCUUGAGUUAGUCAAUUGUGCCGCUCGCCGCUGCGCUGGACGCAAACACUUUGACCUGCCCGUUCCUUACUUACUAUUUCUAACUUCCUUGAGUUUGACCGCUGGCGGACUCGCGUGCUCUUUUUCCCUUUUUGAGGCCGGCGUAGCUGUAGGCAAAUCAGUAUGGCUGUUGACCCCCAUCGGUGGACUGGUCAGUCGGUGUUCUUCGCGGACGCAUCAGUGA